CCCCGCACACCCACUGGGUGGAGAAGGGGGCCAGCCGGCUGCAGGAAUUCAGCCUCAGGCUGGGGGCUGUCACCAAGGAAGAAUUUACCCUCUUCGAAACAGACUGGGGACCCCUCCACCCCACCCCUUUCACUGUGCUUCUUAAAGGGAUCACACCGUUUUUCCUUUGACUCCAGGGAAGCCAGACUUGGGACACUCUAUGGAGACUUUGAAUCUUUCCCUCCUGCUUCCUUCCCAACUGGCAGCCUUCCUCUGGCUGGUUGAGUGGGGGCCUCCCAGGCAUGGCACUGACCAGCCGACCCAGUGCUGACUUGGCUCCUGGGCUCAUUCAGCCUCUGGUGGCAUCUUGCUUUCUCCCUCCUGGGGCACAGUGGUGAGUCAGGGGCGCCCAGCCCUGAGUGUGCUUGGAGCGUGUCGCUGGCACCCCCCAUCGCCCUCUCUCCCCCACGCUGGAGGACGGUGAGGCUGUCAGGGGCUACGAUGAGAUGAGUGGGGGCCGCUUUGACUUUGAUGAUGGCGGGGCAUACUGUGGGGGCUGGGAGGGGGGAAAGGCCCACGGACAUGGACUGUGCACGGGCCCCAAGGGCCAGGGCGAAUACUCGGGCUCCUGGAACUUUGGCUUCGAAGUGGCGGGCGUCUACACCUGGCCCAGUGGGAACACCUUCGAGGGAUACUGGAGCCAGGGCAAACGGCAUGGGCUGGGCAUAGAGACCAAGGGGCGCUGGCUCUACAAGGGCGAGUGGACACACGGCUUCAAGGGACGCUACGGAACUCGGCAGAGUGGCAGCAGCGGGGCCAAGUAUGAAGGCACUUGGAACAAUGGCCUGCAGGACGGCUAUGGCACCGAGACCUAUGCAGAUGGAGGAACGUUGGCCGGCUCUGCUUUAAAUGGUCAUUCAGUUUCCUUCCAGCUCAGGAUGCUUCUCUGAAGUCUCCUUAACAUGCCCCACUGGGAAGAGGAGCUGACACAGAUAACUCAAAAACUAUAGCUGCUUUAAAGAAAAUAUUUUGGCGUCUGUCUGAAGGCAUUCAUAGUGUAUCUGCCGCUCAUCUCCCCUCUUUAGGACAGAGGGCAGGAAGCGGGCAGGCUGGGAGUGGGUUUGUGCUGGAGCAGGAAGGAAGGAGCAUGAACCAGCCCACGGGGGACGUUAUGCUCAAGCUGAGGCCUGUGGGCCUAUCCAGAGGGGCCUCAGGUACAGCAUGGGCUCCCAACUGGGCUGUCCGCUGGGGGGUGUCUGGCGAGGGCCUACCCUCAAAUGUGUCUAGAUGUGGGUGAGGUUGUGUCCCCGGAGUUUCUGUGGGCACAGUGGAAGCGACACAGCCCUGGCUGGAAUCGGACAGCGCUGAGGACAAAUUCUGGCUCCACACUUCCUAAUUCGGUGACCUUCAGCCGUUUGCUGAACCUCUACAGUUCGGUGCAACUCAAUUCCCUGGAUGUUUAUGCUGGACACUGCGCUGAGCACUGGGGACAAGUAGGGAGCAGGCCCCAGUUUCUCUGGCUAGAACACGGAGAUGAUCCUUGAGUGCUUUGGGGUGCCAAUUACCUAUGCAAAGUGGUACCAAAGUAGGCCAAAUGUCCCUUCCCUCUUUCCUCUCUCCAAACCAAGGUGUGUGUUGGGGGCCUGGGUGUGAGUCAUAGAGACACAUUUCUGAGAAACUAUGGACUGAUUUCCCAAUAUGUCUUAAAGGGGGGAAACCUAUUCAUUCACUCAUUCAUUCAUUCAUGCAACCAAUAUUAUGGAGCACCAACUAUGUGUGAGGCACCAUCCGACAGCAAGUUCCAGGAGCCAGGGCAGUGAGCAAGCAAAGGUACGAGAAAAGGAAGGAAGAGGAUGACUUUUUGGAUAGCGUGGUCUGGGAAGCAGGAUGGGAGGCCUCCGGAGAGCGUAACACCUUCCAGGCGGGGAGGGAAUGGCAGUUGCAAAGGCCCUGAGGCAGACCUGGACUUGGCAUGCUUGAGGAACAGCAGGACCGCCAGGGUGGCAGGAAUUGAGUGGAUGAAGGGAACAGGCAGGGGCUGAUGUUGGAGCUGUGGGUGUGAGCCAGAUCACGUAGGCUUUGCAGAGCCCUGGGUUUGACUCUGGGUGUGCAUGGGAGGUCUUCAGGCCAGGUUAACUGGAAGACUUGCUCCUCUGGUUUGUCAGAGGCCCAGACUCUUCUUCCAAAUGAGACAGUCCCACAUCCAGGGGCCCUGGAAAUCUCACAGAUCUCUCCCAAGCCACACACGAGGUGCAACUCUCCAAAAUUAGAUGUGGCCACUGCUUCGGAAAAUCUCUUUAAUCAACCUGUCAUCAGUCCCCUGAGGGUUUGUUAAGGACCUGCCCUUUGCCCCAUCCUGAGUAGUGCUGAAGAGAAUGUAGACAAAUAAGAUCCUGUGAUUAGAAACGGCUGGGAGUCGGGCAGCCCUGGGUUAUUACCUUGGCCUAUCCUAUUAUUUCAUAUCGUGGAGCCUUAGUUUCCUCACCAAUAAAAUGGACUUAUGCUAAUCUCUCCUAAGAUUUCUCAUGGGAAAAAUGGGUACUCAAUAAACGGUAGUUGCUAUAAUUACUAUUAA